AUGCCUAUUACUCGUUGGGAUAAUCCAAAAGCUAAAGCUCCAGAGCAAGACGCAAUCAAGAAUUGGUCUCCAACCACCGAAAAAACCAUUGAUGAUUUUGUCAAGGAAGCUGCUAUGGAACCGAUUGAGAAGCCAAGUUUCCCUCAAAAAUCCGCGUACAAACGAAAGCGCGAGGAAAAGAAGGUCGAAUCACCAGAGGACGCCCAUAAAAGAAGAGUGGAGUGGCUCCACAAGCGUGCCAAGGAGAGUGCUAUUCCAACCGAAGAGGGGGCCGUUCUGAAGCCAUCUUUCAUUUUCAAGGACAUUGGGCCAUUCAUUGUCAACAUGUGCCUCAAUUGUAGAAUUUUCAACUCGACUCAAGAACCAAAAACAGUUGCUGAUGGAAUGGUUCAAAUGCCAAUGGCUCUCUGUACUGUAUGCCGUGCUCACUUCAAUCAUCAACGUGCUACAAAGUUCUUCCAUUUCGACCUCCCAUCAGUCAAGAAAAAUUAUAAUCUCUAA